GUGAUGGGUGAAGUCCACAUUCUUCUGUGGAAAAAUAUUUAUCCAUAGUUUAUAUGAAGUUUGAGUCUUAAGUAUCUCCUUCUUCUUCUAUCUCCUAUCUAUCUACUAUUCUCCACCUCUCUUUGAGCUGCAGCACAGCAAGGAAACACAGAGGGAAUCUGAAACCAAAAAUACCAACUUUGAAAUAUAUCAAACUCAGAUAGCUGAAGCCUCGUAUUAACUUCAAAAUUUUGGUUUAUGCUGUAUUUUUGUACAGAACAAGUGCUAUGGAUUUCAUGCUCCAUCACUUCCUUUGAAAGCAUCGAAGGAUCUCCUCAGUUAGGCGAGGCAAGCAAAAACUGUUUCAGACUAUUGUUCUAAGAAAGACUUGAAAAACUAUCCCUCAAUGGUACUCUAUUCCCUUUGCUCACCCUCCGAGACCAUCUGAGUCAGAUUUAGUUUGUUGCUUUAAUUUGCCAAACUGUUGGCCAGUGAUCUCGAGGGGCAUUGGAGACUAUAAAUUGUAAUUACACGGGCUAUUAAACAGUUAAUGCACAGCAGACGCUGCUUUUAAUCUGCAACUUCAGGUGGGUGAGCAGCAUUUUCACUGGAAGACAUCCAAGAGAUAACAUGAUUACAUUCAGGCCAGGUUUCUAUCAAACUUGAUAUAACCAGACUUGGAGGAUGAUUGUUUGCAGUGUUUUCAUAACAGAUUUGAUUCUUUGUCUUCUUUGCAAUUUAUGACUGGUGCAGGCCUUGGUGUCAUGGAUCUGUGUGUGACCAUCAAAGGGGUCUCCUUCCUCUUGCAAACAGGUAUGGGCAUCUUAGGGAACACUGUGGUGCUGUUGGCGUACGCCCAGAUCAUUUACACCGAACCCAAGCUCCUUCCUGUGGACAUGAUCUUGUGCCACCUGGCAUUCGCCAACCUGAUGCUGCUACUGACCCGCUGCGUCCCACAGACAAUGACUGUGUUUGGGCUGAGGGAUCUGCUCAAUGAUCCAGGCUGCAAGGUGGUGAUCUACGCUUAUCGCAUUGGCCGGGCUUUGUCAGUCUGCAUCACCUGCAUGCUCAGUGUGUUUCAGGCAGUGACAAUCGCCCCUGCUGGGCCUCGUUUGUCCAGGUUGAAGCCUGCACUUCCCUCACUGGUCCUCCCUACCUUUGCAGGACUCUGGCUUCUCAACAUGGCCAUAUGCAUUGCAGCCCCUUUCUUCUCUAUGGCUCCACGUAAUGGCACCGUCCCUGCCUUUACGCUCAACUUGGGUUUCUGUCACGUGGACUUCAGAGACAACCUGUCCUAUGUGAUCAAUGGGGUGGCUGUCUCUACCAGGGAUUUUGCCUUUGUUGCUUUGAUGCUGGCAUCAAGCGGUUACAUCCUGCUGCUUCUCCACCGCCACAGCCGCCAGGUGAGAUCAAUCCGUCGCUCUCAGGGCGGUGGGGCAGAGACCAGGGCGGCCAAAACAGUUGUCACCUUGGUGGUUCUGUACGUGGUCUUCUUCGGAAUUGACAACGUGAUCUGGAUCUACAUGCUGACGGUUGCGAAGGUGUCACCAGUGGUGGCUGAUAUGAGGGUGUUCUUUUCCUCCUGCUAUGCCUCUCUCAGCCCCUACUUUAUCAUUUCCUCUAACAAGAAGGUCAAGGCAAAGAUCGUGUGUGCAGCUGAGCAAGACCAGCCAUCAACGGACAAUCAGGAGACGAGUGACAAAUGACUCCCUUUCUAUCUUGACAGGCUGUUGACUGACCUACAAAACAGCAGAGUUGUACUCUCAGUCAGACCUUAUCAUUUUGAACGGUGCACAGAUAACUGUCAUUUAGCUAAACAAUGGACUCUUUAGAAAAUAGUAGUGUUGCAAUGGUGUUUUCUGUAUACUUUCAUCAAAAUCCUAAACAAACAGGUGUCCAUGUGGUUUUCCAUGUAGU